AUGCAUGUUAUGAAUAGCUUGUCCCUGGUCAAUGAGAAAGAAGGCCACCAUGGUGACACCCCUGAUGAGCGCCACCACCACCCCCCCCCCCCCCCCCCUGAGGGGAGCCCUGCUCAUGGCCUGCGCAAGAAGAGACGCGUGCGGAGCUUCUUCUGGAAAACCAUCCCCGAAGAGAAGGUGCGCGGCAAACCCAACAUCUGGACUUUGGCAGCCCGGCAGCAGCAGUACCAGAUCGAUGUCAGGACCAUCGAGGAGCUGUUUGGGCAGCAGGAGGAGGCCCGGUCCACAGCGGCCAGGGAUGGCCACACUGCAGGCAGCUCCAGGACGGCCUUCAUGGAGCCCAAGGAGGAGGUCAGUAUUCUGGACUCCAAGAGAAGCAUGAAUGUGGGCAUUUUCCUCAAACAGUUAAAAAAGUCUAAUGAGUCAAUCAUUGAAGACAUUCGACUUGGCAGCAGCAAGCUGUAUGGGUCUGAAAAAUUGAAAGAGUUGCUGAAACUGUUGCCCGAGUCAGAAGAGGCAAAGAAACUCAAAGCAUUCAAGGGGGACACAAGUAAACUGACCCUGGUGGAUUCAUUUAUGUACCUUUUAUUACAGGUGCCAAGUUUUGAUCUUCGAAUUGAAGCCAUGGUGCUAAAGGAAGAGUUCGUUCCAACCUGCUCUGUGUUGAACAAUGAUAUUGAUGUCAUUCGUAUGGCCACAAAAGAACUCAUGACAUGUGAAGAGCUACAUGCUAUUCUACACUUAGUGCUCCAGGCUGGAAACAUCAUGAAUGCAGGGGGCUAUGCUGGCAAUGCAGUAGGCUUCAAGCUCUCAUCCUUACUCAAGCUUGCAGACACGAGGGCCAACAAGCCAGGGAUGAACCUUCUACACUUUGUUGCACUGGAAGCGCAGAAGAAAGAUGAGACCCUGCUGAAAUUCCCAGAAAAGCUGCAGCAUGUUCAGAGUGCAGCCCGAAUAUCAGUGGAAAACAUUGAAGUGGAGUUGCAGUCAUUGUCCACAAGAACUAAAUCACUUGAAGAAAACAUUCAACAUGAUACAGAGCUGUUGCAGCAGUUGGAUGAGUUUCUACAGAGUUCAGAGCAAACCCUGCAGGACCUGAAGAGGCACCAGCUGGAACUGCGCAAGGAAGGGAAUGCUCUCAUCGAUUUCUUCUGUGAAGACAAAGAGACUUUUAAACUGGACGAGUGCUUCAAGAUAUUCCAGGAUUUCUGUCUCAAAUUCAAAAAGGCUGUUAAGGAUAACCUCGAGCGGGACCUGAAGGAGGCUGCCAGACAGAGGAGGCUGCGGGAGCUGGAGGAGAAGCGUCACUCGUGGGCAGGCGGGGAGCGUGGCGGAGGUUUCGGUCGCAGCAGCAGUGAGAAUGAUGUGGAAAUGCUGACCAAAGAAGGCCUGCUGGACUUCCUGCAGCAGCGGCCUUACAGCCCGCUGGCCCGCUCCUCUAGCGUCAAGCGUUCCAGGCACUCUCUGGCGGUCAUGGCCGACCGGGAGCUCCGCAGCUUCCUGGAGGGGUCCAGCGCAGAGGAUCCCACUAAGUUUAACAGCCUUCCAAGAGCCUCCAGUCGCCUUGCUAGGAAGAGCACAGCCUGGAUGGAUUCCCAGGAUGACAAUCGCGAACUGGGUGUGAAAAGCCAACACUUACAUGGGAAGGAAGUUACAACCCCGUGUGCAGACAAGGAAUCUACUCCCCAGAUUCCUGCUGUUGCAUUUAAUGGGAAUUCAAAUAUCAAUGAAGAUCCGAUUUUGAACAGUAACAAUAAUUAUGCUACUGUUUCAGAAAGUCUUGGUGUGAACAGAAAUGGCCUAAACAAGAAUGUAUUUCAGAAAACAAAAGGCAUCAGUUGUGGGCAAAUUAAUGUCAGCGUGACCAAGCACACUUUGGUCCAAGGACUUCAAGCAUUUGACCUUGUCACUCCAAACAACAAUAAUAUGCACUUUGUAAAUCAAGGAGAUGUUGUUGUGACUGAUUUAGAAAUAGACAAAGAUGCGUCAAAGAUUCCUGAUGAUGCCCCUCCUUCUACUAAGAGCUCCCCCAGUACAGAGUCUGAUUGGAAAAUGGAAUCAUCCCAGUUUACAGCCUCUUCUAAAAAAGAAGAGGAGGACAAUAGCACUGUUUCAUCAACCACAUGUGAUACACCUCUGCCUUUAGAUAAUUUGGUAUCCAACAAGAGACCAAUUUUUUACAUUGUUGAUCGCACAGAAACAGACUGUUCUGUAACCUUUGACUACUCUGAAAUCUGUGAUGAUUCUCUUGCUUUUAAGGAAGGCAAUGAGUAUGACUGCCAGGCCCUGGGUCCUGGUAAGGAAAAUCUGAAAGAUCAGAGUUCACUUUCUCUCAACCUGGAAUCGGAAUCUACAAAUGAUCCGUCAAUUUCUAUCACACACUCUGCCACCACUGAAGAGGGAGCAUCUGACAGCUGUGAGGCAGCUGAAGAAAAGAAAGAUGAGAAAACUGUAGAUGUUAGCAGCAGCAAAACAGGACCUUUGAAAACAAAGCCAACGUCAAAACUGCCAGCUACUCGAAGCAGCGGAACCGGACGAUCUGUAAGAAUGCUAACUGCUUCAGAGAGCCAAAAUUUGCGGAAAGUGGUGCCGAUUUCACGAGUGAGCAGGUUAGGUAGUUCUGUUAAGAAAACUGAGAAGCUGUCAGCCCGUGAGAGCAGCAGUUCUGAAACAAGGCACCCACAGCGGGACCAGAGCACCCCAGUUAGAAAAUUGGAGCACACCCCCAGGACUCCUCGGCGUUCCAGCCUUCCUGCUGAGGACCCCAAAGUUCAGAAAGGGACCCCAGCCACAGCCAGCAUCGGUAGAGCCCGGGAACAAACACGCACCCCCUCAGUGAAAAAGCCCAGUGCCAAACCUGUAAGGAACAUUCCCAAGCCCAAGCCUGAGGAGAAAAUGUGUCGUUCUACUAUGAGAGCCCUGGCCCAGGCACAGGCAGCCUCUGCAGGAAGUGCGCCUCAGACUCCCACUCACAAUGGCAAGGCCCUGGCUAGCACCCCCAGCUUCGCACGGAACACAGUGGCCUCCUCCUCCAGGAGGAUGAAAAAGGACCUGGCCCCAAAUUCAAACCCCACAACACCUUCCAAAACUGCCACUCCCACCAGGACGGGGUCUCAGAGGCAACCUGUGAGCAAGGCCGUGACUGAAAAUACCCCCCUCACACCAAGGGAUGAAGAAAACACCCAGGGCACACUGAGGAGAGUACAGAGUGUCCGAGUGUCCAACAGGAACCCCCAUCGCAGUGAGACACCACCUCCCAAAAGAGAGCAGUCCCGCAAAGGUAGCAGCUUUUCCGAGAAGUCGGUGGUCCAGUCUAAAGACUUGAGCAGGAUAUCCACAGGCAAAUCUCUAAAACCUACAUGGAAGUAGAAUGUGAACUCUUUCUUUUUUUUUAGAGCUUGUUUAUGUUUUUUUUAAUUCACUUUUCUGCUUCUUGCCAUAAUAUUACAUAGUUUUACUUGAUCAUGGCCUUAACAGGAAAGAACUUUAGAGUGGCAUUGUCCUUAGAUAGCUAAUUAGCCCAGCUUUUUUUAAGACUGUUUCAUUAUGACUGCAGCCAUGAUAAGUUCAAAACUGACAUUGCAUCUUAAAGGACAAUUAAAAAUGAAAACGAUGGCUUAGAACUGUGUGUAAUGUUUGAGAAUGUGUGUUAGAACUUCUAGGAUUUUUCCAGUGAAUAUCGUGAAAUACCCCAGUCUUUCCAAGGAAAGGAACUGGCAAAUGACUAGUCUUUUCCAAGGAACCUUUACACUUGCUUUAACAUUGUUUUUAUUAAUUUAACGAAGUGUAAAUACUACUGAACAUGUCAUGAUGCUGCUGAUCUGCUCACUUGGAUGAAAUAAGCUGUAUGAAAGGAGUUCAUUCAUCUUAGGAGCUCUUGAAAUGUUGUUAUGCUGCUCUGUGUUGGUGACUUCCUCUGUUCUUAAAGUGGUUUUAGCGCUAAAGAUAAAUACUUUGCAAAGCCAUAUAACCUUCAGUGGCAUCAUUCUCUCUGAAGAUCACAUAUUAUGGCUGUCUUACUUUGGGCUUUGUAUAACUGCUGCUUGAAGAGGGUCAGGCAAUUUUAAUGUUAGGAACGCAUCCAUUUUAAAGUGGAUAAGACAGACACAUUAUAGUAGAUAUUUUCUGGAAUAUGCUUGUGCUGCAUAUUUAAAAAGGACUGUAUAGAUCUGCAUUGAAGUAACAUUUUUGUGUUGUUUCCAUAUAAAAAAUACUCCUUAUAAUUUCAACUUAAUUGCCUGAUAUACAAGUCUGAUUAGCAUAGUAUUCCCCUUUUCUUUCCAGACUAAUGCUUGUCAGAACUUUGUUAGCUGUUCGAUUACAUUCAAUUUGCCCAGAGGUUUUUUGGAAUACUGAUCAAAAUACUGAAUUGUAAUGUUUGUGACACCACUGGCCUUUUUAACAUGCCUGUGCCAAAUGGAAAAAAACAUGCUGUUAGUGAGGAGAAAAGUCCACCAUUCUCUGCAUUACACCCUCUCUAGAAGACCAAAGCAGAUGGUGGGUUAGAUAUUUUUAGCACAUGGGGAACAUCUUCCUAGCAUUCCAUGGCAUCUGAACCAGGCUUGAAUGACUACUGCAGCGUCACCUGAAGUACACAGAGAUGACAUAAGUAAAUAGAUUAGGCUUGCAAGAGUCUGUAUUUAUUUUGUUAAGUGUGCAUAACUUUGCUAAAGUAUGAUAGGGUAUAAUAUGCUUACAUAUUCUGAAAAUAAGGUCGGUUGGUUUCUAGCCUUGAAGCCCCAGUAUGAAGAAUGUACAGGGGGGGGACCCAAGCAAUUGGUUAAAUUAGGCCGGUUCCGAGGAUAUCCAUUUCAGAUAGCCAACACAAUGAGAAUCCACAACAGUGGAUUAGUGGGUGGGACUAACCCAGCCAUGGCAGACGUCUUCCUCCUUUUCCCUUUUAGACUUGCAGUCACCUUAUUAGCAGUCAACAAUGGGUUAUCCUUUGCCUUAGAGAUUUUAUCUGUUUAAUUUGACCAAUGUCCCAUUAGCUAACUAUGCACCCCCUUCAUCAUUUUUCCUAGACCUGCUGUUUAUGGCAUGGCUGUUCAAGAACUAAUGUAUUAUCCUCUGGUCUGUAUGCGUAUUUUGUGGCGAUAUACUGUUAUUGUUCCUAGAUAUUGUCACUAUAAUAGCCAACAUGAAAUCUCAGGUGGUGUCUGUUCACUUAUAUCAAGUACAGUUUAAGCCUUAUUGCUGUAACCUAUUUCCAAAUAUUUUUUCUAAGAUUCAGAACUUCUGCAACUGAAUGGCUUUAUUUACAGUAAGAUAACCUUAAAUAUUCCCAUUUGUAAUAGUCUAGCCUGCUAACAAUAUUGGUUGUACCGUGGUAUACUGUAUUUAUAUUAAAUCCAUUUAUUUAAAAUGUAUUUUGCAUUAUAAACUGAUUAUGUACA